GGGCGCGCGGCCCCGCCCGGGCGCUAUAAGAGGGGCGCGUGCCGCAGUGGGCCCGGCAGCCGGCGGCGAGCGGGGGCCGUGCCGUGCCGUGCCGUGCCGGCCCCAGCCAUGGCCACGACCGCGGAGCUGCCCGGCAGCCGCCUCCUCCUGCUGCUGCUGCCGCUGCUGCUGCUGCCGCUGCGGGGUCGCGGCCAGGGCCUGGGGCAGACGCGCUUCAUCUGCACCUCGGUGCCGCUGGACGUGGACAUGUGCACCGCCCCCGCGCAGGGCGCCGGCGCCGCCGAGGAGCUGCGGAGCACGGUGCUGCAGCUGCGGGAGACGGUGCUGCAGCAGAAGGAGACCAUCAUGAACCAGAAGGAGACGAUCCGCGAGCUGACGGCCAAGCUGGGCCGCUGCGAGAGCCAGAGCGUGCUGGACGCGCUGCCCGGCGAGCCGCGGCCCGGCGGCAGGAAGCAGCCCGGCGUCUCCAAGAACACCAUGGGGGACCUGUCCCGGGCCCCCGCCGCCGAGACGCUCAGCCAGCUGGGGCAGACGCUGCAGUCGCUGAAAACGCGCCUGGAGAACCUGGAGCAGUUCAGCAGGAUGAACUCCUCGAGCCAGACGCACAACCUGAAGGACAUUCUGCAGAGCAAGAUAGACGACCUGGAGAAGCAGGUGCUGUCGCGGGUGAACAGCCUGGAGGAGGGCAAGUACCACCCCAAGAACGAGUCCGAGGAGCGCGGCAAGAUCGAGAGCACCCUCACGUCGCUGCACCAGCGCAUCAGCGACCUGGAGAAAGGCCAGAAGGACAACCGGCCCACGGACCGGUUCCAGCUCACCUUCCCGCUGCGCACCAACUACAUGUACGCCAAGGUGAAGAAGAGCCUGCCCGAGAUGUACGCCUUCAGCGUGUGCAUGUGGAUGAAGUCCAGCGCCUCGCCCGGCAUGGGCACCCCCUUCUCCUACGCCGUGCCCGGGCAGGCCAACGAGCUGGUGCUGAUCGAGUGGGGCAACAACCCCAUGGAGAUCCUCAUCAACGACAAGGUGGCCAAGCUGCCCUUCGCCAUCAACGACGGCAAGUGGCACCACAUCUGCGUCACCUGGACCACGCGGGACGGCGUGUGGGAAGCCUACCAGGACGGCACGCAGGCCGGCAGCGGCGAGAACCUGGCGCCCUACCACCCCAUCAAGCCGCAGGGCGUCCUGGUGCUGGGCCAGGAGCAGGACACGCUGGGCGGCGGCUUCGACGCCACGCAGGCCUUCGUGGGCGAGCUGGCCCACUUCAACGUGUGGGACCGCAAGCUGAGCCCCGGCGAGGUGUACGGCCUGGCGACCUGCAGCAGCAAGGCGCUCGCCGGCAACGUCAUCGCCUGGGCCGAGGCCGCCAUCGACGUCUACGGCGGGGCCACCAAGUGGACUUUCGAGGCCUGCCGCCAGCUCAACUAGGGCCCCGCCGCGCCGCGGACACGCCGCACAGACCUCCUCAUCGCCCUCUUUCUUUCCUUUUUUUCCGCGCAAAAACAACCGAGAACGACGACGCCCGUCUUGUCCCGAGGAGCCGGGGUGCCCCGCGGCGUGGCUGUCCCCCCCCCCCGCCCCAGAGCCCCUCCACCGUCCGGUUUCUGUCUUGCCAACGUCCUUCAACGCCUGCGUGCCUUGGCCCGGCGCGGCUGCGCCCCCCCCGCUGCCCCCUCCCCGGCCCGGCCCCUCGCUUCGCUGCCGCCCCCCCAGCACCACCGUCUGCGGGAGCGGUGGGGGCCGGGUGCCCGGGGGGGGCUGCACUGGAGCCCCCUCGGGUCCCCUCUUCCUCCAGCCCUGGAGCCGGGGGGACCGCGAAGCCCCGGCCCUGCUCCUUCCUGCAGCAUCUCUCUGCCCUGGAGCUGGGGGGGGGGAUGGCAGAGCCCCCCCAGCCCUGCUCCUUCCUGCAGCAUCGCUGUGCUCCGGAGCUGGGGGGGGGGGGGGGGGAUGACAGAGCCCCCCCAGCUCCCUCCCGGGGUGCUGCUCUGCUCCGGAGCUGGAUUGCAGAGCCCCCCCUCUCCCCCUGGAGCCAGGCUGCCCCCGCCACUGCCCUGGGGGGGGGUCCCGGCCCCGCGGCGGGCGCCCCGCUCCGACCUGCCUCACUCAGGUACGUCCUGCCGCCCCGCGCCGCCGCCGCUGCCCUCGCCUGCCCCGGCCCCUGGAAGCCUGGCUACCACUGAACAGCCCGAAGCCUUUCUGCUUUUGAUAAUACAAUGUAUUGUUUCUCUAACCGUAAAAGGAAGUUUAUUACCAAUAAAAAAAAGGUAUUUUUAUGAAGAAGAGAAUAUAGAAUUAAGCAAUGCUCCCUGAGAAAGAAGUACUUUGAGAUUCUGUUGGAAAAGCGAUAAAAGAAGCGUAUUUUGGAAUAAUAACUGCAUUUUGUAUGGUUUCCUUUUCUAAACUCCUGGUUUGUACUACAGAUUGCAGAAAUCACCCCUGCGCCCCGGCAGGGCCGCCCCGGCGGGGCGGGAGGCCGAGGCAGGGAGGGCGCCGGGGACCGCGCUCGCACCGGCCGCGUGACCGCGAUGCACGCCGCGGCUCCGGGCGGCGUGUUUUAACCGUGCUCUUUUUAAAACCAUCGUGAGUUAAUUUGUUGAGCUGCUCCCGAGACCCUGCUCCCGCCAGCGCGACCUGCUGAGAAGAUCAAGCCACCGAGAAAAUUGAGCCUCCAGUCCCAGUUGCAUCAGAUUUGCCAAAAAAGGGUGUGAUAGCAACACAAUGUAUAUACUGUACAGUAGGGGGGAGAAUAAAUGUAUCUUAAUCUGUCGUUAUUUUGCUAACCAAAGCUGUACAUUUUUCCUAUCUCUUGCUCUGUCUGUCUGGGUUUCGAAGGGGUUACAGACGUCCGGCGCCUCCAGCCCGCUGCAGCCCUUCGGGAAAUGCACCGUUUCUACCGAGACUCCUGCUUUUUCCAUGUUACUGCUGAGACUACAUGAAUUGUUGACUUUAUUUUUACACAAUAAAGAGUGAAGAAAGACA